GUCCAUCGACAAACAUUUAUCUCUCACGGCGUGAACAACAGAGAACCGGGCUAAAAUGGCGGCUUUCGCAACCAAACAACCUCUGUUGCUGUCUCUCCUCCUCGCCAUUGGCUUCUUUGUGGUACAUGCUGUUUCAGCCAAUUUUCAGCGAGACGUAGAGAUAACUUGGGGAGACGGACGUGGACAGAUCACCAACAACGGCGAUCUUCUCACUCUCUCUCUCGACAAGUCUUCCGGCUCAGGCUUCCGAUCCAAGAACGAGUAUUUGUUCGGUAAGAUCGACAUGCAGAUCAAGCUCGUGGCCGGAAACUCCGCCGGAACAGUCACUGCUUACUAUUUGAAAUCACCUGGAUCUACAUGGGACGAGGUUGAUUUCGAGUUCUUGGGAAAUCUAAGUGGCGAUCCUUACACACUUCAUACCAAUGUCUUCACGCAAGGUAAAGGCGACAGAGAACAACAGUUUAAACUCUGGUUCGAUCCAACUAGUGAUUUCCACACUUACUCCAUCCUCUGGAACCCACAACGCAUUAUAUUCUCCGUUGAUGGAACUCCGAUAAGAGAAUUCAAGAACAUGGAAUCUCAAGGGACUCUGUUCCCUAAGAACCAGCCGAUGAGAAUGUACUCGAGUCUAUGGAACGCUGAAGACUGGGCCACAAGGGGCGGUCUAGUCAAAACCGACUGGUCUAAAGCUCCCUUCACUGCUUCUUACCGCGGCUUUAAUGAAGAAGCUUGCGUCAUGUCAAAUGGUAAGUCGUCGUGCCCCAACGGGUCAGGACAAGGGAGUAGUAGUGGUUCGUGGCUGUCACAGGAGUUAGACUCCACGGGUCAAGAACGGAUGAGAUGGGUGCAAAGUAACUACAUGAUCUAUAACUACUGUACGGACAUUAAGAGGUUCCCUCAAGGUCUUCCACAAGAGUGCCUAGCUGCGUAAAGCUUUUAAACAAAACAAAAGAUUCAAAGCCUUCUAAAAAAAAAAUUCUUUAAUUCAUCAUAUAAAGUAUCUAGUAUGUGGUUGCACAUCUGUUUUUUUCAUUUAGUCUAUGUAAGUAUAUGUGUAUUUAAAUGAUCCAUCACCUUACCAAA